AUGACAAACAUUUUCUACUCUUCAUUGUUCUUUCUCUCCUUUGUAGUAGUAGCACUAUUUGAAGUUCUUCCAAAUGUGAAGGGAAACAUACUUGAUGACAUUUGUCCCGGUAGCUUUUUUCCUCCACUUUGUUUUCAGAUGCUUCAAAAUGACCCCUCUGUCUCCAAAGGCGAUGCCCAUGGUCUUCUCUCUACUGUUCUUCAAAUAGCCCAAGAUAACAGCACAUCCACCUAUAAAUGGGUUAAAUCCAUUAUUAAAAAACCCAUCAAAGAUCCCAACCUGAAAGCCCACAUGACCAAUUGUUUGAGAAAUUACAAUGAUGCCACUAAUUAUCUUAAACAAUCCAAUGAUUUCUAUAAGACUGGUGCUUAUAAAAACACAAGUUUGUAUUCAUCUCUUGCUGUGUUUGAAUCACUUUCUUGCAACCGUGAGUUCAAUGAAGUACCAACCGAUCUCAAAACACUCAGCGAGUCGGUCCAAGAGUUCUCUAAUCUUUCUGCUCGUAUAGCCGAUAAUUUUACAUGA